AUGAUUAUUAUGUCCGAAGUGAGCCAACCUUCUACUGGAGUACGACUGUCUCAGCCUCAAGUUGUUGCAUAUAUGGAUGCACACUGUGCUGGUGAAGGAACGCUUUGUGUCAGCGAAAGCCAAGUAACGUGGAUUUGCCGCUCUACCGGCUUGGGUUUCUCUCUGACAUAUCCGUCCAUCAUACUUCAUGCAAUUUCCACCGAUCUCAGCACAUUUCCUCAAGAGUGCAUUUAUGUGCUUGUGGAUGCAUCUAAAAGCGAGCGACGUAGAAGACGCACCGUUCCUCUUUACACUGCUGCCGAGGCAAGAAACGUACAAGAUCUUCAACUCGCUGAAGAAGAGCUCAACCAAAAUGGAGACAUUUCCGAUGAGGAUGAUGAUGAAGAAGCGAAAAAUGUAGUCAUCCGAUUUGUACCUUCUGAUAUUAGAGAAGAUGAUGAGAUCGAGCUGAGCGAAGAGGGAAGAGCAAAUCUUCGCCGUAUGCUCAAUCAGUCAAAUAAUGGUCAUGGUGAUCAAGGUGAACAUGAGGAAGAUCAGAUGGAAGAACAAUGA